UCUGGGCCGCACGCAAAAAUGCCCCGGGGCGAGGAGCGUGGACCUAGUCAGGGCAGCGGAGGGUGUUUUUUGAAGGGAAGCAGAAGCGGCAGAGCUCCGAGAAUAAAAAAAAAAUCUGGGAGGGGGGGUAAAAAAAUAUGUCGGCGUUUUGGGGGCAGAGGAGGAUUGUGGAAAAGCAAAAGACGAGAGCUAGAAACGAGGCCCGACAGUUGUAACGUUAGCACUGAGGGGAGGGGAAGGGAAGGAGAGGGCAGCUGUCCCCGCUUGAUUGAUUGACUGAUGUGGGAAGGAUUUGAGGAUCAACCGGGGCUUGCCUGGUUGGCCACCUGUCCCUGCUCUCUAUAAUGCCCCAGUGUUUGCAGCAACUGCAGUGAACGUGAUGGCAGCCCAGUCGGUUUCCAUAGACAAGUACCCAAAGGGAGAGCAGCAGAUGCAAGGUGUGAAUGUGAUAAAGGUAGGCGACGAUACCGAGCAGAAGUUUUUAGAGGGGACAUUGGCAGAGGCGCCCAGCCCGGCACCCACAGAGCCACAGACCCCCAUGGACGCGGACAAAGCAUCCAUAUAUCGGCAUCCCCUGUUCCCCCUCCUGGCGCUGCUGUUUGAGAAGUGUGAACAGUCCACGCUGAGCUCUGAUUGCAUCACCUCGGCGAGCUUCGACGUGGACAUUGAAAACUUUGUCCGCUGUCAGGAGAAGGAGGGCAAACCCUUCUUUAGCGAAGAUCCUGAACUCGACAACUUGAUGGUGAAAGCCAUCCAGGUGCUGCGGAUCCACCUGCUGGAGCUGGAGAAGGUGAGUGACCUGUGUAAGGACUUCUGCAGCCGCUACAUCGCCUGCCUCAAGACUAAGAUGAACAGCGAGACUCUGCUGAGUGGAGACCCAGGGAGCCCAUACUCUCCCGUACAAGGACAGGUCCAGGGCUUUUCGCCUACCAAGACUCCGGUAUGGACUACGCCCAGCUCUAUCUCAGGGACCAUCAGUCCCCAGGGUCAAAUUGUGGUGCCAGCAUCAGCCCUGCAGCAAGGGAACGUUACGGUAACAGCCGUCAACCCCAGCCAGAUGGUUGCAGGUAUGUCACCAUGGCAUACAACCCCUCCCUCAGGUGGCACGGUGUACCAGCCUGUUACAGUCGUCACUCCUCAGGGCCAGGUGGUAACACAGGCUCUUUCUCCCGGGACAAUACGCGUCCAAAACAAUCAGCUCCAGCUGCAGUUUCACCAGGACUUAAACCUCUUUAAUCACGACGACAACUCAACCAAGAACAAACGGGGCGUUCUACCCAAACACGCCACCAAUGUCAUGCGCUCGUGGCUCUUCCAACACAUUGGGCACCCGUAUCCAACAGAAGAUGAAAAGAAACAGAUUGCCACUCAGACAAACCUGACACUUCUACAGGUCAACAACUGGUUUAUAAAUGCACGGAGGCGGAUCCUGCAGCCCAUGUUGGACGCCAGCUCUUCUGAGACACCAAAAUCCAAGAAGAAGACUCCUCAAAACCGGCCACUGCAGCGCUUCUGGCCUGACUCCAUCGCCACAGGGGGAGGCACCCAGCAGCAAGUUACCAUGCCAGACGGUACAAUGGUGACAAUGAACAUGGAAGGUCUGCAGAGCCUGACGUCAGACGGCGCCACACUGGCGGUACAGCAGGUGAUGAUGGGAGGCCACAGUGAAGACGAGUCGGGGGACAGUGGAGAUGAGGACGAUGAUGCAGACAUGGCCGGGCUGGGCCUGGACAACAGCGACUCGUUGCAGUAGAGGACACACUCCCUCACACUCUGAUCUACACACACUGCCUUGCAAAAGUAUUCAUCCCCCUGUUCUGACGUUGUCCCUAUUUCGUUUGCAUUACAACCUGUAAUUUAAACAUUAUUAUUUGUAUUACAUGUAAUGGACCUCCAGAAAAUAGUAAAAAUUGUUAAAAUGAAAACAGGAAAAACUCUCCAAAAGGCCUGUUGGAGAUUUUUUUCUUUAAAGGCCCCCUCCAGAUAUGUUUUGAAGUAUGUAAGAACAAUCUGACAUGAUUAAUAUUUUCUUUAACAUGGUUUUCACAUAAAAAGUCAAAGGGGCUGGAAUCAUCUCUUUCAGAAUGUAGGUGCAUUUCACUUCUCUUAAAUUGAAUCCCCCGCUCCUGCUCUUGCCUCCCUACCUCAUGGCUUAUUCCGUCCCACUGAAGAAGCAUGGGAGAGACGCAGGAAAUCAUGGGAGGAGAGAAGAAACAAGUUUUUAGAGGGAUGGGACGUCCUUUCCUUUCCUCAGUGUCACGUGAAUUUGACAGGGGAAUGGGCGGAGUUGGCAACGGCUUUCAGCUGCACAGCUUCUGGUAAGGCUGCACUUGUGUGUCCGUGCUUAUAGGUCCUCAGAGACCCAUCCUUUGUCCUCGCUCCUCGGGGCAGAAAUAGGAACUUUAAGAUGGCCUUCACAAAGGAAGGCCAGAACAACUUCCUGUUUGAGCGAGGAGCUAUCAAAUAAGGGACGUGAGAUGGACCUUGUGUUCACUUCUAUUCUGGAUCUGGCCUUGCCCUCGCUUCCUUUCGGCCCCCAUGUUGUUCAGACUGGACGCUUCGAGCCCGGGGAGCAAUUGGUUUGGCGUUCUGUCUGAACUCAACCUCAGUCCCUAAAAUCGGCGACUAGAAGAUCAGAAUGGUAAAGUGUAGUUAGCAUCUUAUAUUUGUUUGUUAGCUUGUAACUGUCAUUGGCGGACAGCUACAAGGACAGUGUGUUUUUGCUCUCUAGAACGUCUUUGCUGGCUUUUGCGUAUUAGAUUGGUUUACGGUUUAGUGAUGUACCUAAUCUAGUUUUCACUGAGUAGGUUUGAGUCUCAAAUUUCAGGGCAUUGCACAAACAUCUCCCCAUUUAGGAGAUAAAUGUGAAAACACCUCUCUGGUGAUAAAGUUUGCACAGAUACAAGCAGGAAGAGCGCUCUGCCUUGGAGCCAAUUUUGGCCACUAGUGGUAUUGCAACAACUUAUACCGCUAAUUCAAAAAAUCAUUUUAAAAACCUGUGAUGUCAGAGGGAGAAACACUACUGCGCAUAUUUAGUGGGCCGCAUAGCAUGGAAGUAAACCUGGAAACUUUUUUGGUGUAUGCACCACUGAGCAGCUUUAAUAAACUGAAGAGUGCCAUUUUGGAUCUGGUAUCCAGUUAAUAUAAUAUAUAAAUAUAAUAUAACCAUGGAUAAAAGUCCUGAUAGUCAAGAUCAGACAUUUUAGAGGUCGAGAACAUGAGAAAACAGAUGUUUGAGCGGAAGGGGACUUAAGCGAUGACUUUUCUGGCCACUCCUCUAUAAAAGUGUUCUUCCUCAGGCUGGUCUUUGUUCUCUGUGUUGCUUCUCUGAUUAAUGCCAUCCUUGCCUGCUCUGUGAGUUUGGUGGGCUGUCCUCUCUUGGCAGUUUUGUUAUGGUGCCAUAUUCUUUUUGUUUUGUAAUAAUGGAUGGCUUUUUUGUGUAGGUCCAUUACAUACAGGCCAUUUAAAUUACAGGUUGUAAUGCAACAAUAUAGGAGUAACGCCAGAGGGGUUGAAUGCUUUUGCAAAGCACUGUACACACAAGACAUGCGUAAAUAGGUCUGCAUAGAAAGUGUUUUCAAACACACAAUGAACCAUAGUACAAACUGACACAUUCGGUUUACAUAGAGCACAAAACUACAGGACGUAUGGGUCCUGUACUCUUCCAACCCUCUGUGUGUACAUCAGGAGUUUCAUUUCAGAAACCGUUUUUUAAUUAUUUAGUUGAUGUAUGCGAGUGCACUUUUGUAUAUUUAAGCUCAAAAAGAUUAAAUCAAACAAAGAAAAAGAAGUGUUAAACACUCAAAACAAGUUUGUAUGCUCCGUUAAUAAAUGUUGACUGAUUUAUGAUUUUAUUUUUUGGGCCCCUGUUCCCCAUCCCCAGUUGAAUUCUCAUUUUGGAUGCCAACAAUUUAAAGUUGUAUCUGUAGGAGUUUGUCUUCACUUUUUGCAUGCUUGUGUUUUGAGUAGAUGUGUGCACUCUUGCGACUGACUCCACGGCUCUCACACGGGCCCCUGCAGGCCAAGCAGAGCCCAAACGGAGAGAGUAAAAAAAAAAAAAGAAAAAAAGGAGAAAUGCUUAUUUUUAUAUACAAACCUAUGAAACUAGUGUUUUUUUGUUUCAUUUUUGUGUUCUCCUGUUUUGUAAGGAAUAUUUAUGUACAGAUUCAUAAUUAAAGCUAGCGACUCUGUUUUCCAGGGUUCUUUGAAGUUUUCUAAAAAACAGAAAAAGGAAUUGAAUGCUAAUGAAAAUUGCUAUUUAAAUUGGUUUUAAACUUACAAUACUAACAAGGCCUUACCUGUGUACUUUUCUAAAGAAUUCUUGCCAAGAAGCACAACAAGAAAGUCUGACCCUUAGCAAAAUUGGUCAAAUGGACACUAAAGUGCAGAACAUGUGUGGUUCUGUAAAGCACUGUUAAUAAUUUUACUGUGUACUGCAUCAUCCCAGUUAUCUGAAGUUAUCUUUCACAGUGCAGUGCUCAGAUUUUUUUUUAAAAACCCAGAUCCAGUUUUAUCAUCAUUGUGUAUACCAUACAUUACGUCUUUGAAUCAUUUCACAGUAGUACCGUACUUUAUGAAAUGCACAAUCCAGAACACUAUGCUAAUCACACAAUCACAGGGGUCUGAGUAACCACAGUGAGAUAUGAACUCCAUCAACAAUGAGCAGUGGACUUCCUGCAGGAGUCUAACUUUUAUUUAUGUAUACGUACAUGCUACUGCGUUGAAAACAAAGAGCAGUUGAAAAGUUGUGCUUCUUGUUUAUUGCCUGCCUGAAGUACUGGGACGAAGCGCUGCAGCCUCUGUUGGUCCCCCUGCCACUAUACACGUGCAGUGAAAGAUCUGAAAUCUCUUUAUCAAUAUGUUGAUAUUACUUCACAAAUUGGGGUGCCUCUAGUUAGAAUAUUUGUAAUAUUGUACUGUACAACAAUUGUCUCAAGAGCUGCAGUAAUCUAGUUCAUAUCCCUCUUGUAAAGUUGAAGCCUGAAAUGGUUAAUUUCUUGCAGCCUGGGGGUGUAGGGACUCUGGGGGGGUCCUCGUUGAGAUCUUGGUUCCUCACUUGCGUCUUUCUUGCUUUUUAUGAAGCGGUCUGUUUUGCCUUAGAGCUUUCUAUUUUGGAAUAAACGAUGUCUAACUCU